UGUCUUGAGACCAGGCGUGUGCUUAGAACCGCAACCAUGACUCUCGUUUAUGUUACAUUUCUCUGCUUGGUGGCUCUGGUGUCAUCUGCUGAGCUAGAUGCUAAGGAUCAGUCUCGUGUCAUUCGCGCUGGGACGAGGUUCACAAUGCGAAAUUACACCUCGAUCCUUUCCGUGCCCAAUGGAGAGCAAUUCGGGAUCUGGAUGUGGUCAGAGCUGUGUCCUGAGAACUUCUAUGCCACCGGAUUCAGCUUAAGGAUCGAACCUAACCAGUACGGAAGCGACGACACGGCUCUGAACGGAAUCCGUCUCUACUGCGUCCAAAACGAAGACCGUCGCUUCCUCUACAGCGUGGAGUCUCAUACUGGACAUUUUGGUGAGUGGACGGAGCCUCAGUGGUGCCCAUCUGGUACAUUGAGCUCGUUCCAGCUGCGCGUGGAGCCUCAUCAGGGUAUCUUCGGCGACGACACGGCCGCCAACAACAUCCGCUUCCGCUGUAGCUCCAACCCGACGCUGGAGGGCCGGGGCCUGGCCUGGGGCGAGUACGGAGAAUGGAGCAGCAACUGUAGCAACGGCGGUAUCUGUGGCAUCCAGACCAAGAUGGAGCUGUACCAGGGUGGACUGGACGACUCGUCACUCAACGACGUGCGCUUCCACUGCUGCACUCACAAGCAGAAGUGAGAUCAGACAGGGCGCUAAAAAAAAUUGACCGAAAUCUGGUCAAUGUGUUUAAAAGUGUUUAAAAAGAAUGAUGUGAUGUCAUUGUAUCAGGAUGCGAUUUUCUCAGAGUUGCCAUGGAGACACCUCCGACUAUGUCUGACUACCCAGAUAGGUGAUUGGAUGUAAAAAUAAACUCAUGUCAUUCAUAUAGAA